GAGAAGCUAAGGUUUAAGUGACGUUAGGUUUCUUUGCAAAUGUUCAUCCCUGUCGUCACAUUUUUAUGUGGAGCACCGGCAGCAGCAGCAGCUGGAGAAGCAUAAUUCAGGUCAUCAGAUCACUACUGAUGCUGACUUUGUUCAUGUGACAUUUCUAAACAGAGAAAAUGGCAAAGAAGAAGAAUCCCCUGGUCUUCCUAGAUAUAUCGGUUGAUGGAGAUCCUGCUGAGAGAAUGAUAUUUGAGCUUUUCGAAGACAUUGCUCCCAAGACUGCAGAAAAUUUUCGAGCACUUUGUACAGGUGAAAAAGGAAUUGGAACGACAACUGGAAGACCUCUUCAUUACAAAGGAUCAAUUUUCCACCGCAUUAUCAAAGGAUUCAUGGCUCAGGGUGGCGAUUUUUCCAAACGUGAUGGUACUGGUGGAGAGAGCAUCUAUGGGGGAAAAUUUGCAGAUGAGUCCUUCAAGCUUACACAUGAUGAACCAGGUCUACUAUCCAUGGCAAAUGCUGGUCCCAAUACCAAUGGUUCUCAGUUCUUCAUUACCUUCAAAUCUGCCCGCCAUCUUGACGGGAAGCAUGUUGUCUUUGGGAAGCUUUUGCAAGGACAUGACACAUUGAGGAAGAUUGAAAAUGUGGGUACUGAACAAGGAAAACCUUCUGCUUCAGUGAAAAUCAUUAAUUGUGGUGAAUUCCGUGAAGAUACGAAGAAAACAAAUAAAUCAAAAUCAGGGAAGGAUGCUUAUUCAGAUUCUGAUAGUUAUGAAACUAGACGACGGGGAAAGGAUAAGAAAUCUUCCCGAGAGAAGAGGAAAAAGAGAAGGAGACACUACACAUCUGAUUCAGAUACCUCAUCGGAUGAGGAGACUGAAACAUCAGAGUCUGAUAGUGAUUCUGAUUCAUAUUCUUCCUCAUCUUCUUCCCUUAGUUCUUCAAGUGAUGACAGGCGCAGGAGGAGAAAGAGAUCUUCUAAGAAGGACAAGUAUAGACGUGGAAAAAGGAAAAGGGACAAGCGCCGUGAGAAGAAACGCAGGAAGCGUGAUAAGAAAUCAAGGCGCAAAUCAAGGAGGACGCUGGACAGUACUAGUGAUAGUGAGAUUGGAUGUACGAGCGACUAUAGCUCAGAUGACGGAAUUGAUUCUCGUAGGCCAGCUCGGAAGCCUAAAACCCCUUCCCAGGUUUCUGCAGGGGGAGAAUCUCCGUCAGUCAAGGAGGGUGUGACUGCUCCUUGGAAAAAGAAAGGAGAUACAACGAAUAUGCUUGACCACGAAGUUGAAUCCCCAAGGGAAAAUGGAGAGCUACGAAGCAACGGAAAUGUAGCAGAAAUUAAGACUGACAGAAGUGCAGAUAGACAACCUGAUGUUGUUGAUGAUCGCCCAAGCAAAUCUAGGAGCCGGAGCAUGAGUCCUAAAAGGGCUAUGAGUAAGAGCAUGAGUAUUAGUCCCCGUAGGAGUUUGAGCAAGAGCCCAACUGUGAGCCCCAAAAGAAGCACAAGCAGGAGUCCUACACAAAGUGGUGGUAGAAGUCCCCGGCAGACGUCACAGCGGAGCAGGAGCAUUAGCAGGAGCCCAGCUAGGAGGCGUAGUAGUAGCAGGAGCCCAGUUAGAAGUGUGGGUAGCAGGAGCCCAGUUAGAAGUGUGGGUAGCAGGAGCCCAGCUAGAAGUCUCAGCAUAAGUCCAGCGAGGGGUAAAUCUAGGAGAAGUAUUAGUGGGAGCCCUGCAAAAGCUCAGCCACCGAGAAGUAUAAGCAGAAGUUCAGUGCGAUCUAUUUCACGGAGAAGUGCGAGUCCUAGUCCAGUAAGAGCUCCACCUCAGAGAAAAAUUAGCAGAAGCCCUGCUAAAUCUGCUGCUGGGAGGAUUUUGAGCAGGAGUCCUGUAAGGGCACGGAGGACCAUAAGUAGAAGCCCAAUAAGGGGAUCAUCGAGAAGGAGCAUUAGCAGAAGUCCGGUUAGGGGUGUCUCACGAAGAAGCAUUAGCAGAAGUCCGGUUAGGGGUGUCUCACAAAGAAGCAUUAGCAGAAGUCCGGUUAGGGGUGUCUCACGAAGAAGCAUUAGCAGAAGUCCAGUAAGGGCACCUAGCCGAAAUAAUCGCCUCAGCUAUUCAAGGAGCCCUGUGAGUCCUGGGCGUGGAAGGAACUUGUCAAGAAGUGCUUCUCCAGAUGAAUCGCCUAAGCGCAUACGAAGGGGAAGGGGUUUUAGCCAGCGAUAUUCUUAUGCACGGCGUUAUCGGACUCCAUCUCCAGAUCGUUCUCCUUUAAGAUCACAUCGUUACAAUGGGAGAAGUGAUCGUGACAGAUAUUCAAGCUACAGAAGCUACUCCAAUCGUUCUCCAAGGCGUUAUAGAAGCCCGCCCCGAAUUAGAACUCCUCCAAGAUACAGAAGCAGAAGAAGCCGGACACGAAGCCGGAGCUUGUCACGCAGCCCAAUCCGCUACCGAAGCCGGGGAAGAGGUCGUUAUAGCCGUAGCCCCCUGCGCAGUCGCUCUCCUGUUGAGAAAUCUAGGUCCUAUGGAUCACCAAGAGCAGAGAAGCGGUCACUUUCUAGGAGCAGAAGUCCAUCAGAGUCGAGGUCCUUAUCAGGCACACCACCAUCUCCCAAAAGGGCAAGCAAAGAUAAGUUGAGGUCCCGUUCUGUCAGCACUGAUGGGAAGAAGGGCCUUGUUUCAUAUGGAGAUGGGUCGCCCGACUCGGGAGAAAGGUAGGACUGCACUGUGUACUGUUUGUUAUCUGCUAAUUGUUUUGAGGAAUCCGAGGCAUGUAUGUUUAAUGAUGCUGGGCGUCUCUCCCAUUUUGAAGGACCUUGAGGUUUUGUUUGGUUUCUAAUCAGAUUUUAUGAUUAGAGAUAUGUUAGGAUAUAAAUUUAGAUCUUGAGUGAUUAUGACGUUGGAUUAUAUGUUAUGAGGUGUUGUGACCUGAUCUAGACCAAGCAUAUUGGGAAGGUAACAUUUGGAUGCUAAAUUUUAUCUGAAAUUGCAUGCAUUGUCAAAGA